CAACGCCGACGGCCGAGAAACGCCCGUCUGAGAAAGUCUCUCGUCAACCCAGGUAUCUCAAUCUUCAUCGUCUUUUUCUCUCUUUGUGACAAUAUCCUUCAUGGGCAGGGAAUUGAGCUCCACCCAAUUCACAAAAGCCAAAAAGGCUGGCAAAGAAGUUGCAAUUAAUGGGCACUACAGAGACACUGCAGAAAACUGGUCUUCCUCGAAUUGUUAAACUGGAUAUGGGGUUGAAACUGGCUGCACAAUGGGUUAAUAAUAUGACCAAAGCUGCAGAAGAUGAACCAACAGAAGUAGAAUCAGAGGCUCGACCUAAGAGGCUUGGACUGGGUGCAAAGCUUUCACGUCGAGCCAAAUUUGAACCUUUAAACGACCCACUUGAAAGGAAACUACAUGCCAAGUUAAACAUUGGAAAAAGAAAAGCUACCAAAAGUGCUGAAGUAUCCAUUCCAUUUGCUGGAGAUGGAAGUGAUAAUGAAGAUGAAGAGGAUUUAGACAGCAGAACUAGGGCGUUUGACAACAAAAAGAUCAGAAGAUUCUAAGACUGCAUUUUUACAGGCAAUUGAAAAAAUAACUAAUUCCCGUUGUAUAUUUGGAGUUGUUUAAGGUUUCUGUCUGUUUUGUUCUGUCAUGUACUUCUUAUAUGGACUUAUUGACUCUACAAAUUAAUUUUAUGUAAAAAUAGCCACGAGGAAUGUUUUUGCUU